AGCUGACCGCCGCCGCCGGGCGGGAGCGAUGGCGGCCCACCUGAGCUCGGGGCGCGUGAACCUGACGGCUCUGCGCGAGGCGGGGCGCAGGGAGCUGCGCGAGUUCCUCGAUAAGUGCGCGGGCUCCAAGGCCAUCGUGUGGGACGAGUACCUGACCGGGCCGUUCGGGCUGAUCGCGCAGUACUCGCUGCUCAAGGAGCACGAGGUGGAGAAGAUGUUCACCCUGAAGCCGGGCCGCCUGCCCCAGGCUGACGUCAGGAACGUCAUCUUCUUCGUGAGGCCCAGGCUGGAGCUGAUGGACAUCAUCACGGACAACGUGCGCAGGGAAGACAGAGGCCGUUCUCCCCAGAGGGACUUCCACAUCCUCUUUGUGCCGCGCCGCAGCCUGCUGUGCGAGCAGUGGCUGAAGGAGCAGGGAGUGCUGGGGUCCUUCAUCCACCGGGAGCAGUACAGCCUGGACCUCAUACCCUUCGAUGGGGACCUGCUGUCCAUGGAGUCUGAGAGCGCCUUCAAGGAAUGUUACCUGGAGAGUGACCAGACAAGCCUGUACCAUGCGGCGAAGGGGCUGAUGACUCUGCAGGCUCUCUAUGGAACCAUCCCCCAGAUUUUUGGGAAGGGCGAAUGUGCCCGGCACGUGGCUAACAUGAUGAUCAGAAUGAAGCGUGAGUUCCCUGGAAGCCAGAACUCCAUAUUUCCAGUCUUUGAUACCCUCUUGUUGCUGGACCGCAAUGUUGAUCUGCUGACACCGUUAGCCACGCAGCUGACAUACGAAGGGCUGAUUGAUGAAAUCUAUGGAAUUCAGAACACAUACGUGAAACUCCCUCCUGAGAAGUUUGCCCCGAAGAAGCAAGGCGAGGGUGGCAAAGAUCUCCCCACAGAGCCUAAAAAACUCCAGCUGAACUCAGCUGAGGAGCUGUAUGCUGAAAUCCGAGACAAGAACUUCAAUGCUGUGGGGUCAGUGCUGAGCAAGAAGGCCAAGAUCAUCUCAGCAGCCUUUGAGGAAAGACACCAUGCAAAAACUGUUGGAGAGAUUAAGCAGUUUGUGUCGCAGCUGCCGCACAUGCAGGCAGCAAGGAGUUCUCUGGCAAACCACACCUCCAUUGCAGAACUCAUCAAAGACAUCACCACAUCUGAAGAUUUUUUUGAUAAUUUAACAGUAGAACAGGAGUUCAUGUCUGGAAUAGACACAGAUAAGGUUAACAACUAUAUUGAAGACUGCAUUGCUCAAAAACAUUCAUUAAUCAAGAUCCUACGUCUCGUUUGCUUGCAAUCUGUAUGCAAUAAUGGACUGAAGCAGAAAGUUCUGGACCAUUAUAAAAGAGAGAUUCUCCAGACUUACGGCUAUGAACAUAUACUGACCUUAAACAACUUAGAGAAGGCUGGGCUCCUGAAGCUGCAGACAAGUGGUAGGAAUAACUACCCAACAAUCCGGAAAACCCUGCGCUUAUGGAUGGAUGAUGUUAACGAGCAGAACCCCAACGACAUCUCCUAUGUGUACAGUGGCUACGCACCGCUGAGCGUGCGCCUGGCACAGCUGCUGGCAAGGCCGGGGUGGCGGAGCAUAGAGGAGGUGUUAAAAAUGCUGCCAGGACCCCACUUUGAGGAGCGGCAGCAGCUACCAACUGGCCUUCAGAAGAAGCGUCAGCACGGUGAGAACCGAGUCACGCUGGUGUUCUUCCUGGGAGGUGUGACAUAUGCAGAAAUAGCUGCACUGAGAUUUCUAUCUCAAAUGGAAGAUGGAGGCACAGAGUACGUCAUUGCCACCACAAAACUCAUCAAUGGAACAACCUGGAUCAAAUCCUUGAUGGAAAAAUUAGAGCCUGCCCCUUUCUAGAAACUGUGGCAAGAGAGAGCGAAACUGAGCAGCCCUGUGUGACACAGGUGCAUCACCUGCUGGUGGGGCUCUUGACUAGGAAGGAAUCAUGCCCCCAGAAGAAUGGCAUGCUCCUGAGACCAGUCCAUGAUGCAGCUUCCCACCUCCCUCUCUGCACUUGUAUUCCCACUGUUUGUUUGUGGAACUUGUAGUAGCCCAGUGGUGCUGAAAGACAUUAACCAUGAAAUAAACAAUGGGAGAAAGAGAUGUAUCUGCUUGCAGUAUGAAUCAAUGGUCAAGUGCUGGGGCAGAGGAAUUUGCCCUGCUCAACCCACUUCCGUUUUUCUUUCAGUUUUGUUCUUCCUAACAGGCUCAGGAAGCAGGGCCUCAUCUGUUCCUGAUUUCGUAUCACUGGUCUCUGUGGCUUGCAGGUCACAGCUGAGUUUUCUCACAUCCUUGAACACCGAUUGUACAAGGGAAAGAUAACUGCAGUAAAGAGGAAGCAUUGACUUUUUUUGCUGCAAACCUUUAGGUACAGUUUGAGGACAAAAAAAGCAAUGACGCACAAUUCACAAAGUAGCAAAAUGAAACAGAAAGCAUUAGGUAACAGGCUCCUUUUGCACCCAGCUGCUCAAGAACAUUCUCUACUAUUCAGCUGCUGCAUAUCCUCAGUGCCCCUCAAGCAGCUGGUGAUGUGAGGGACCCGUACUGCACUGUCUCUUAGGGCUAGCUACUUCUAGGCCACAUUUAAGUCCACUAUCUUGCACACUGCUUGGCCAGGACAUUCACUGGACUUCCACUUGCACAGGCAGCAACAGCUAAAUCUUGAACUACACACAUGCACGUCAGCAGCACAGACUGGACGCAACUGACUGCAGCCAGGUUGCUAGGGAAAUGCCAGUCUUUUACUUCAGCCAUUUUGGGAGGGGCGCAGUGGGAGGUGGAUUAUUUGUGCCAGGUAUAACCCCACCUGGCUGUAAAGCAACUCCUGAGUGUGAAUUGCAUCACUGUGCCACGUGUUUGAAGGUACACAGACACAGGCUCUUCUCACAUGGGACGCAGACCAAAAAUAGCUGUCAGUAAACCAGUAAGCAGGAGGCUUAAAACAGACACCUUUCUUGUUUUCCUGUGUUCAGUUUAUAAACUGUGGUACUUGCUGUUGCAGAGCCCGAAAUUACAACGGAAUUUUCCUUGGUCUUGGGGGCUGGGGCUGCUGAGCCAACGUACACAAGCGGCAGCUUCUGGCUCCAGGAGUGUGCUUUGCUAUGGCUGGUGGCUGGGAAGGCAGAGCAGGCCCUGCUGUCUGCCCUUCCCUUUGGUUGCUGACGCUGUACUCACGCUCUCCACAGCAAACACUGAGGACUCUGUUUCACACUGAAUUUCAUUAUUACACAGUUAUGGAAAAAAAAAAAACAAACCCACAUUAAAUCACUCUCUUAGCAAACA